AUGAGUUACCUCCUCAAGAGCAGGAGCGAGCCAAAGCUGAAGAAACAGGCGUCUUCAGAUGAACAGCAGGCAAAGAUAAAUGAGGUACGGGAACUCCUGGGUGACCUGCCAACAGAGAUGCCAGGCUUCCUGACGGACUCCACCAUCCGCCGCUUCCUCCGUACUAGAGACUGGAGCACGGUGCAAGCGACCAAGGCUCUCAAAGAAACUGUCAAGUGGAGGCGUCAGUACAGGCCGGACAAAAUCCGUUUGGAAGACAUUGCUGAAAGGGAGCAUUUGUUGAAGAAAGCGUAUAUAGCUGACUACCUCGACAAGAAUGGGCGAACUGUGCUGGUAACAAUGCCGUCAAUAAAGAGCUUAGUUCCAGCGAAGGAGCAGGUCAAACUACUAGUUUACAACUUGGAAAGUUGUACCAUGAGCUCAGAAAAUGCACAAGAAAAUAUUGUUUGGGUAGUUGAUUUCAGUGGAUGGACAGUAUCAAGUACUCCAUUGGCGGAGUCACGUCAAUCAGUGCACAUAAUUCAGAACUAUUAUCCAGGGUUGGUAGGAGCUGCAAUUCUUUGCAACCCUCCAAAGAUAUUCGAAUCCUUUUGGAAGAUACUAAAUUACUUCAUCGAGCCAGAGCUGAAAGAGAAAGUGAAAUUUAUCUACACUAACAAUUCCGAGAGCCAGAGAAUAAUGGCUGACAUGUUUGACCUGGACAAACUGGAGUCUGCAUUUGGUGGCCGCAACACCUCUGGUAUCGACAUUGUCAAGUAUUCUGAGAGAAUGCAAAGAAGAGAUCAGACUAGGAAUCUUCGUAUUCGAUAA